UCGGAGGAUGUGGCGAGGAGUGUUCUGCCUGUCUGUGGCCUGCAGUCUGGCUCUUGCCUCCAACACCAUCAGGUCCUCCAAAGAGACGACGACGACGCAGAGCAGGCUCGUUCCCAUGACGACCCAGUGAUUCAGACCGCACAGCGCCAGAUGAAGACAACGUUCAAUUCCCAUCGCCGCCUUUCUUCGCCGUGUUCGUCACCGAGCUGCGAUGGAGCUUCGAAGGGAGGAUGCAGUAACAGAGCCCAGAGGAGAGGACAGACCUCCGGGGACAGAGAGACAGACACCCAGAGUGACAUCACAAGACUCAACAUGACCAAAGGUCCGGAGAUGUCCAGCUGCGUCCGGUCUGGUGACUGCGCGGCCGGCCUGUGCUGCGCCCGCUACCUGACGGGGAAGCGGUGCCAGCGGAUCCUGGCAGAGGGCGAGGCCUGCUUGCUCAAAGGCUCAAAGACCAAACUGCGGCGGAACCUUGGCCGCUGUGACUGUGGCGCGGGACUGACUUGCACCGCCGUUAGCCAGACGGAGCCAGUCAAAACCAAGGGUCAGGGGGUGUGUCUGCCCAGCCAGAGCCGGGGUCAGAGGAAAACCAGGCAUUCUGGGAAAAAGAGGAGGCCGGCGGAAACAGGCUGCUGACGGAUGAAUUCCAGCUGGUUUUAAUGUGUUAGUGUGAGAUGUG